UGGUGAAUAGGAGGUAGUGAAAUAUCAAAACGGUUCUAGUGGCACCAGAGUCAACACAAGCGGAUCUACUUCUUCACCCGAUCAGAAAUACAAAUUCUAUCGCAAAAAAUCUUCGCCAAAAUCAAACAUAGCGAAAGGGUUUUUUUUUCCGACCAAAGGAGGUGUGAUUCGAGUCAAAGCACGGCCGGUCUAGUGGCGGAGAAAUUUCUUCAGCCCCGUAGUGCACCUGCCGUGUGGAGGUCCACCUUACUCUGAAUCGCGAUCUAGACUUGAAUAAUUGCAAGUAGGUUUACUCAUAGCUGCAGUGUAGUAUCGACAAAUUGCAAGUUGUAAUUAUACCCUGUAGAAAGGGACACACUGAAAUUGCCAAACUGGAUUGAAUUUUGCACAUUUCUUGAACCAUAAUUUUCAACAACUAUACACACAGGCCCCUUUACUUUAACGUCGUCAGAGAAAACCAGCGGUGUUUCAACAGAAGUUCAUUUACGCACGAGGACCACUUUAUUAGUUACGACAGCGACACUCACUCUUAGUGCAAACCUUUUCUGGUGCAGCUCUAUCGGCCAAAGAUUGUUUUAUUUUGCGGUUUAAGUUUCUAAAUUUGCAGACUACGACGACCUGAUAGCUUGAACUACACUAUACGUUUAAAUAAACAUACUGUUGUUGAAAGCGACUUUCUUUCCUAUCGAAAAUAAAAAUUCAAUCUCUUACAACCGUUUCUGAAGUUCGCUUUCCUGAAGAGCUCCAACCAGGCAAAAUGUUCGGACAGCCACAGCAGCAGGUACCGCAGGCACCAAAGGUGGAGGCGGAAUGGAAAUUGGUGUUGGUAGGGGAUGGCGGUGUAGGAAAGACGACUUUGGUGAAAAGACACUUGACAGGUAUUGCAGCCAUGCAUUACAAAUGUUUUUCUUAAGGUCAACCCGCAUUACAAAUUCCAUUUCAUCUCAUCAUGCUGCUGAUAUUUGUCAUGCGAUGUCGUGCAUGAAGACAAAGUGGGUACUUAGUAUUGUCAACCUUCCAUCGCAACACAAGUUUGUCAACAUGCAACACACUCUACUACUUAUCACAGGUGAAUUCGAGAAGAAGUAUAUUCCAACGCUCGGUGUGGAGGUGCACCCCCUAAAGUUCACGACAAAUUGCGGUGUGAUUUGCUUCAAUGUGUGGGACACCGCAGGACAGGAAAAGAUGGGCGGAUUGAGGGACGGGUAUACUUUAUUCUUUACGCGGCUUGUUUGUCAUGCGGGAAAGGGAUCAAAGGCAGAAGAGAAGCAUAUCUGCUUGCGGUUCAUUGGAGAGGACGCAUGACAGAUCGUGUCGUCCAUCUGGAACUUGAUACCGCAUAGCGUCGAAAGCAGCAUGACAAACCUUUUGUUUCUUUUAGCAAAACAAUUUAUCAGCAAUACAAAUUUCAUCUAAAGGUACUACAUCCAGGGGGAAUGCGCAAUCAUCAUGUUCGACGUCACCUCCCGUAUCACCUACAAAAACGUCCCGGAAUGGUAUACAAAUUUCUCUUCAUGCGCGUUUCAGGAUGAGAAAAAUAGUGUCUUUGUGUUACUGUAGCAUGACAAAUUGAAAUUAUUCAAUUUUCAGAUUCAUCAGAAACGGAAAACUUGUGAUGCGGAAAAGGUGGGAUAAAAGAUUUUUGUGAUGCAGAAAAAGUAAAAAGCAUGGAAACCACCACAUUCUAUCACAGGUACAAGGACAUCGUGCGAGUGUGCGAGCAGAUCCCGAUCGUGUUGGUAGGGAAUAAGGUGGAUGUCAAGGACCGGCAGGUGAAGGCACGAAACAUCCAAUUCCACAGAAAGAGGAAUCUGCAGUAUAAAUUGAUUUGUUUUUGGUGUCCAAAUAUGCAUGACUAAUGUGAAGGAUAUUGCAAACCACGCAUUACAAAGUUGCACUCUGCAUGACAAGUGGAGAUGACGAAAAGCUUUGUGAUACCUAAAAACCUAUCUAUAACAGGUACUACGAUCUCUCCGCCCGCUCCAACUUCAACUUUGAGAAGCCCUUCCUGUGGCUCGCGCGACGACUCUGUAACAACAAGGAUUUGGUCUUUGUGGAGGAGUUCGCGAAGCCGCCCGUCGUGCAGAUUGACGCCGCGGACAUCGCACGGAUUGAGCAGGAAGCGGCGGCGGCCGCGGCAGUGCCGAUUGACGAUGAUGAGGACGAUGAUCUGUAAAGAUGAACUCGUCGUAUUUUUACCGGAGUUGCAGAAGAACGCGGUAGAUGAAACAGAGUAAAGCAGCUCUACCUUCACGACCGGGGGAUGAACAACAGACUCUUCUUUAAUACUAUUGGAGCAUCGAAAAUAAGCGGAGAAGUACCUGUGUCUGCGGGUCUUGCUCCUCUCCACGCGGCGCUAAGAGGAACUACAGCAGUGACUAAAUAGUACUUGUUCCACCUCAACACGCUAAAAACACGACCACGCAGUUUGAUCUUCUUUUUUCAACAACUGGCGCAGAGUAGACGGAGAAAAUGGAGAUAGUACAACACUGGUGUGCCGCAGCAGUAGCUGCUCGCGUGAAGCAGGAGAAAAACCGGCAGCAGAAUCAUCCAGUACAAAAGAAUAACCACGAGGACACAUCAGAACUCAAACAGUUCGGCUGUUCGUGAUAAUUUUCCGCCACUCCAUUUCUUCGCCGACUGCUCUUCUGGUACGGUGGAACGCGCCUUCGAAGUACUAAGUGGAUGAUGUUUCAAACCCCCGGAAGUUGUACAGGAAAGAACGACCACUGCUUUCGAAAACUACAAAGGAGUGUACUUUCUCUUGCGAAAGAACCGAACGCUGCGAGAGAGGGCCUGCUGAUGUACUAAGUAUGCUUGGGCCGUGUUUCUGGUGCAAGGGUACUAUACUGACAGUGAACAACAUCACGAUCAUCACGACUAAAACGGUCUUCACGACACUAGAUUUUUUCUAUUAACAAUCACAAACACCAACAACCACACUGGAAGGAUUUAUAAACACUAUUUAUCACCAACAGGCUGCGCAGAGAAGGAUGAUAAAUUGGCUUUUAUUGGAGCAGUUUAAAGAACCGUUAUUUUUGCAGAGGAAAUAAUACGACUUGGUGCAACAAGAUUAAAAAGCGAAAUUAUUAGUGCCACUACUUUUUAGGUGGUGUUGACAAGCGGCUACCAAUUGUGUUCAGCAGUUCUCUAUCAACGGAGAGCAGCAAAAAUUUC